AUGACAGAAGCUAGAAAUUUCUAUUCGUCUUACAUCGCCCUUUGCGUCUUAAACGGUUUCUUGUGCUGCAUUGCGAUCAUUCUGAAUGGUAUCACGAUCCAUGCCAUAAGAAAAACUUCAUCUUUGCCAAAUACUCUAAGAAUAUUGCUCCUAAGCCUAGCUUUUUCUGAUCUUGGUGUUGGUCUACUGGUACAGCCUCUAAACAUUGCAUUUUUCGUCAUGGAGAUGGGACCAAACGCUGAAAGCAACCCCACCUACAAGAUCACAGCCUAUGUGCAAAGGGUCGUUGUAAAUCUCUUUUAUUAUGCUACUUUCUUUGACAUUUUAGCUCUUAGUGUAGACAGAUUUUUGUCUAUUUAUCUUCAUCUUAGAUACCAGGAACUUGUAACCCACAAGCGUGUUGUUGCUGUUGUGAUUUCAAUAUGGAUUUCAAGCUCAUUUAUUUCUUCUAUUCACUUUUGGAUAACAACUGAUAUCAUUCGUGACGCUAUUUAUCUAACCAUUGAGCUAGCUUGCCUUUUGACUACAACACUCCUUUACUGCAAGAUCUAUUUAGCGGUUAAACGUCACAAAAGGCAGAUUCAAGCCCUUCAGAUACAGCAGCAAGCACAAAAUGAAACCGUUGGAUAUCGGGGGAGAUUUAAGACUGCCAUAGCAGCAUUUUACAUAUACCUGGUGUUUCUUGCUUGUUAUCUGCCGCAUAAUUGUUCAUACGUCUCCAGGGUUAUAACUGGUUCUUACAGUUUAGAUGGUUUGGUAAGACAUUUAGUUAGAUAUACUUUGACCCUGACGUGGCUGAAUUCAUCUCUUAAUCCUCUUAUCUACAGCUGGAAGAUGAAACAAAUUCGCCUCACGAUUAAGAAUAUUUUCCAAAAUAUUCUACCGAUCACUUGAGCUUUUUAAUUCGUCGUUGCGGCAUGGUGAUCCGUAGCAGACCUUUCAAGGCAAUGAACUACGUUCGCUCGAGUCAUCUCCGUCUCCAUGUGUGUGAAAGAUGUCAUCCAGAGACUAACUCUGGGUGCAAAGUCUUGGAAGCCUAAUCAAGUCUAGCCUUCGAACGCCUACUUCUCGAGGGGAGAGAAGCGACGACCGGAAAUACGUCUGCGUUCGCAGGCUACUAGGGAGCUUAAGCAAAGACGUUUUUGAGCGACGCACGUCAACCGGAAGUGAGGCCUUCUCCCUUUUUAUAUGCCUGGACACUAUUAAAUUUGUAUUGCUGAGUUUCUUUUCUCCUAUAAAGACGAUUUACCCAAGGGUUUCAACCAAACCACGGCCCAAUGCUGCAAAAAAUCCACUUCCGGUUGACGUCCGUCGCUCAAAAACGCUGUUGCUUGAGCUCCCUACUAUUAAACCGUGCGCUUGGGUUUAAGGACUUCUGGAGCCAGGGUCUUCUGGUGACUGACAAUUACAAAUGAUACGGCUAUGCCUGCACGAUGUUAAGCAGAAAUCGGACUCUUCAAUAGAUCAGAGCAUCGCCGCCGCAAAAGACUAACCUUAACUUAUAAUACAGUUUGCGGUUCAGCUGGUAUCUCUCAAGAAACUCUUAUUAUUUGGAGAAAAAGUGGAAGGAAGGACUAAGGCGUGCCAAGAGAGUAAAUUUCCUGUAUUUAAUUCAAGCCCGUAACGCUGGUUUCCUUUUUGCAGUAGGUAGUCGGUGAAGAAUGUGAUCCGUCUCCUUUCAUGUUACAAAAAGGUUUUGUAAAUACUGCAAAGGCAAUUUUGAAGAACAGCCUAUGAUAAAAACGAUGUAAAAUUAGCCACCAAGUUAUAUAGGGUCUCAAUGGGGUGCUUUGACGGCUGACGGUAAAUUGUUUCCAAUUUUGACGGUUGACGGUUAUUAAGUGGUCUUAAUUUCAGAUAUCAGCAGGCUGUAAGGUCUUUUAGUGUCUAGAAAAAGUGUUUUUUUUUUUUUUGAGAACAUGGGAACCGGUUUUUCCAGUUUAUAGAGGUUAUUCAGAAGCCAGAAUCCCGUGAAGAUCAGCCAAAAUAGUGAGAUUUGAAAUACCGUGAAACUUUUUGACGGUUAAUCUUAAUCUGCAUUUUUGACGGUUGACGAUAUAAAAUAACUUUUCUUGACUGUUGACGGUUAAUUUUUCGGGCCGUUUGACGGCUGACUGUGAACCUCAUUGAGACCCUCCUUAUAAUCUUCUGAGUUGCAGAAAUUUGAUCCCGAUAUAAACACUGAAGUUAGAUUUAGAUUUAGAAUUUAUCGUCCAUCAGAUGAUUUUGUAUAAAUGUAAAAUUCUUUAGCCAAAAUGUAACAUAAAGCCUUUCGUGAUAUUUUUUUCGUAUUAGUAUGGACCUCCUUUUGCUAGAAACAACUUGGUAGGAAUUGUUAUUUGUCAAUGAUACAUACUGCUUUCUGCUGCUACCAUUCAGGAGUAACUUCAAGCUGUGCAGCGCAUGUUUAUCAUUAAUUAUAAAAUAACUGAGAUAGUACGCGUGAUCUGGUUGGUCAAAAACCUAUGGUUUAUUAUAUCGGUAAACCCAUAGAAAAAGGCAUCCGGACCACGAGCCAUAAACAAAACCGUCUAUUGAUCUACAAACAAUGAUUUAGAAAGGCUAAAAAACAGAACAAGUUACUUAUAUACCUUCUUAAUAUCAAAAGCGUUGGUUUCCACAUUUUAUUACUGCCAUAGCUUUAGAAGUAAUAAAGUACAAAGCUGGAAAGCAGUUUACAUUUCACGACGAUGCCAAGGGCAGAGAAAGACAACAACUGUGUGAAUUUCUGGUGUAGAAAGUCUCCAGGAAAACUUAACCAUGUGCCAACCAGCAACAAAACGAAUAGUUUUAGCAUUCUUGAUUUAUUUUAUGUCAAAACUAAAUUCCAUAAUGAAAGAAAUUGUUCGAAAAAGAGAUCUCUGAUCAAGAUAUAGUACAAAAUCGGCCGCUGUAGGUUGUAAACAAGCUGCCAAAGAUGAUGAAAGAUGUCAGAGUUUCGGGCUGGUUUUUUUCCGACAUUUGCAUAAAUUAUUCGGCGAUUAUCGAUGCCAUAAUCUACCUCAAACCACCUGACUUUACAAAUCGACAAAUAUGAACGCCAAUGUGUGGCUACGGCAAAGAAACCUUUCUCCACCACUGACAUAUUUCCAUCGGUCGCUGUACGUGCAUAUAAAGUUACAUGCGACAACUUCGCAAAUGCAGCCACGUCGUUACCGCAGCAUUUCUUAAUCAUAAUAAAGUCCAGUACAGAUCAUAAACCACUGCGGCUUGUAAAAUGUGAAUGAAGUCCUCCAUUACAAUAGCUGCCAGUUCCGUCUGUAAGCACGAAAUUCUUACAGAUCGACUCAACAAAAUACAGCUGCAUACAGUCUGAUGUUCAAUUAAUUUCUACUUCUGUAGUAAACAAACCAUGAACGUAUUCUUUCAUUGUACGUUCGCAUGAAUAUGUGUUGACUUUUCCUGUAAAACAGCUUUCAUUUCACUCGAAAAGCUUGUAAAUCACUCGCCUUCGGCUCGUGAUUUACAAGCUUUUCUCGUGUUCUCCCAACAUCCCGCGUGGGUUAUCACGCCGGUAAACCCAUAGAAAGUGUGGUCUAUUGCUUAACUAAUAUAUAAGCUAACCAUUAAAACAAAGGAUCAAACGCCGUGAAUAUAUUUGAAAGUUGAUAAAGCUGUCAAAUUUAAGUGCAAAACUUGGACAGACUCUAAUAUUGAUUCCAAAUAUUUGUUAAGGUAAAAGGUCCUUAUCAUUCAGACGUCUGUAACUCGUGUACUUCAACUGACAAACCUGAUCGAUCGAGAUAAACGGUGCGUUUAUUUCUAAAACCCCCUCCCUCCAUCGGCAGUGCUCUGUUUUACGGGUAUAUAAAGCUACCUAAAGCUAUACACGGAAAGAAAAUAAGUCGAAACAAGGAUUUGAGGUCACACCUGGCAAUCGAACUCGGAACAUCCUGCACAGAAAGCCACGCACCAAGCAAAUGUGCUGAAUUGCUCGCCCUAUUUCUCAGUCCUUUUCUGAUCGGAUGAAAUGCCCCCAAAAAUUCAUACAGUACCUGUGUCAAAAAUUUUGUAUAUUCACAAGCAGUUGAGUGCCUACAAAAAAUUCAUGCACGGGAAGUUCCAUGCAUAGUAUUUAUUAAAGGGUAAAGUAAUAGAAAAAACAAGGUACCAUAUGCCGGCCAUAACAUAUAUCUUGUUUUCUAAGCAAAAAUUAAACUUCCAUACGAUAUGUUAUCCCGGCAGAACCAACACUUUGUAAUCGGUUUAACUUUCUAGUCUUCUAGGAUAAGGACGAAAAAACGGAGACCCCGUCUCACAACACUCUCACUUAUCUGGUUCUAGUGGACGUAAAAGAACCCGGCCACACCACUGUUCGAAAACAGUAGGGGACGAAGACCGCGGGGUGCAGCCAACGUACUUUCCCGGGCUGGGUGGGUUAUCUGUAAGGAGAGAUCUUAAUGUAGGGAUAAAGAUCCUCCUUCGAAUUCAAGUGUCGUAAUGGAUAACUGUAAAAAGUGUAUGCAUGUAUGUCUGUUAUACCGGAUAUUAUUCCUCACAAAGUAUACCAGGUAUACUGUGCUAUACCAUCCGGUCUCUCUUUCUUUCUUGCAGACAAGAAGGCCUUAAAAAAAAUCGUGCACCAAAAAUUUUUACCUCCCCUCCGGUUACGUCCCUAAGGGAACACCCAUCGAUAUUUUGUGGGCGUUUUUAAUAAAACAAUUACUCCACUCGUCCUGCUCAGUCCAAUCGCACUUAUUGGAUAUGAGAUGACCAUAGCCGCCAACUUGGCGCUUACCCGUAGCCAAAAUGCCAUCAUACGACUUUAAGAGUGCGAAGUGAGCUGACUUACCAGUUCACUUAAAUGUUCUCGAAAUCAGCCCUCAUUAUUUUUUUAUGGGUUUUUAAAACUUGGUUUUCGUGUCGUGGUGGUGUUUGGUUUUUGUUUUUGUUUUUGUUUUUUGUUAAUUCUGCUUAUUCAAAAAAAGUAAUAAGUCCUUCUUUAAUUAUCCCCUGAAUGAUUAAAAAGUCAUUCAGAAAGGACAUGCAAACAGCGCACAUGUUUCGAGAGCUAUUUCAAAACAUCCACUUAAAACCAGCACUCAGAACCUUCCAUUUUUCCUUCUUUGGACUCUUUAAACGGCUCAAUCGCAAGUUCAUGUUUAGAUUAUAGGAAGUACAUCGCUGACUGCAAAAGCGCAAUGACAGAACCAAACCUUUUCUAUCCGUCUAACAUCGUCCUUUGCGUUGUAAAAGUUCAAUUGUGCCUUUCUGCCAUCAUGCUGAAUGGCAUCUCAAUCCAUGCCAUCAGGAAAACGUCGUCGCUACAAAAGACUCUGAAAAUCAUGCUGCUGAGUCUUGCUGUUCCUGAUCUUGGCGUUGGCUUACUGGUGUAUCCUUUGGCGAUUGUAAUUACACCCUGGAGAUGACUUCCAAUGCCCAAAACAAUCCAGCUUAUAUGGUUAUACUCACCUUAUUUCAGGUCCCCUUGAAUCUGUUUUAUUAUGCUACUUUCUUCGGCGUGACUGCUCUCAGUGUAGAGAGAUUCUUGGCCAUUUUUUUUCAUCUUAGAUACCAGGAACUAGUAACCUCCAAGCGUGUGGUUGCUGCUGUGAUCUCAAUAUGGAUCUCAUGUGCAUUUCUUUCGUGUAUUCAGUUUUGGACCGCACCACUCAUUCGUAACGUUGUUUAUGUAACCAUUGAACUGGCUUGCCUCUUAACCACAGCACUCCUUUACUACAAAAUUUAUGAAGCUGUACGACGCCACGCAAGAGAGAUUGAAUCCCUUCAGACAGAGACUCUUGGCGGGGACAUCACAAGGACAACUCGGCGAUUCAAGUCUUCCAUCGGAACAUUUUAUAUAUAUCUCGCUUUUCUUGCUUGUUACCUGCCACAUAAUCGCACCUAUCUUGCCAGGCUUAUAUUGAGUUCCUGUAAUAACCUGGGUUUGUUACGGCACUUGAUGCUAUACACUUCGACGCUUACAUGGCUCAAUUCAUCUCUAAAUCCUCUGAUUUACACCUGGAAGAUGAAACCAGUUCGCUUGGCAAUAAGAAAUAAUCUGCAGAAUAUCCUAAUAAAUAGAUUCAGCCGAGGCUAA